AUGUGCAUCGGGCCCCAGAUGGUAGAUUCUCAGUGGGCUGCAUGGUCAGAGGCCUGGGGCAGGGAGGCUAGUGACCGGUGCCAGCACUCUGAGACCCGCUGUCUGUCACACAGCCUGAAAAAGGAGCUGCAGUGCCCCGGGAGCAGCGGAGGGUGGGAGAGAGACAUGGAAUGCCCCAGGAAGAGCCGUUGUCCUGUCACCCGCCUAUUAGAAGUCAGUCCCCAGGGCCUGGCCACGCACAGGGGAGGGGACCCCAUCCGACACAGAGCCCUGCGAGUCACCUGUUGUGAGCCUGUCACCUGGCUCCGUCCAGCUCUGUCCUUGGGAAACCCACCCAGGUGCCACAGGUGUCAUGGCAGAUCUGCAUGGCCUCCUUGGGAAUCAAGACCCACAAAGCUAUUCAUCCCCAUGGACCCCAUGAGGAAAUCAACUGUAGAAACAAAGGAAAGCUUAGUAACAACAACAAGAGGUAGGCUCACGUUCCUGGAUACCCUGGUGGCUUUACCUGGGGCGGACAGUCAUUGGGCGCAGGCGCGUAAGUCCUGCGGCUGCGUAGUAGCUGUAGGCGCCCCUACCGCCAUAUUCAAGUCAGUAGCGUCUCGAGCGCCGCGGGCGAGGGACCUCCGGCUGCUCUCUCCGUGCUUCGGUCCGCUGGCCCGGGCAGGAGCGGCCCGUGCCGUCCUGUCCGCGCAGCGGGCCCUGCGAAGACCAGAUGUUGAUGGACCCGCGCCGUGGUCGGCUGCGCCAUCCUCCCCGCGCGCAUGCGGGGGCGGCACCGACCUUGUGCCCCAGCCUCGGAUUGCCGCCUCGCGCCCGCUGGGCUCCCGGUGCCGCACUCGCCUUUCUCGGGUCUCCUGCGACUGGCGGAGGGCUGCGAUCGACCCGGCUUGGAGCCGCUGCCCCGGACGGACUUCAGAGAGCUCGGCCGAGAAGCGGCUCCCGCUGUCGCAGAUCUGCAGUGGAGGGUCCAGAGCGGGCCCUACUUCUGGGGCGAAGGCGACAGCGACAGCUCUGCGGGCUGGAAGAUACCUGCUGAGCCCCCACUGUGUGUCAGCCCCUGUCCUGAGGACCUGGAAUGCAGUGAUCACGAAGACCAUCCUUAUGCUCAAGUCUAGGACACUGAGGCUGGGCAUACAUCACCGCCCACUUCCAGUGCCUGCUGCGCAUGCUCCUGCCGGCCAGCGCCACCUACUUCCGGUGCCCGCCACGUGUCCUUCCAGCUGGGCCAUCACCUGCUGCAGAGAAGGAAGCUUCCUGCCUGAUCCCGCCCGCCGCUCGCCAGUGCCUCCCACUCAUACCGUCCCCGCCGGCCAAGGCCUCCUCCCGCUGAUGUCGCUGUCUCGCCAAAGCCCUGCACCGCCGGCCGGAGCCCUCCAACAGCGGCUGCCUACCGCCGGCUCCAGGGCCCCACCUUGCCAGGGUCCCUGUGCCCUUCUCACGCAGUCCUGGCCUCGCAGCGGCAGCUCACCCGCAUCCACCCAUCCUGGAGCCCGGCCUCUCUUCUGCCCUGCCCGCCGGUGCCUCCCGCUGACACCCGCCCUAGACGCCUGCCGUUACCACCGCCCUCCAAUGCCUUCUUCCGCUGAUGCCGAUGUUGCUGCCUUCGCCAGCGCUCAUGGCCCUCCACUGCGAGAUCCCUCAGACUCGUACCACUGCCAGCAGGGGCCCCCCUGCCAGGGACCCAGCUCCCUGGUUCCCUUGCAGGCCUCGCUGCCUUGCAGCAACCUCAGUUCAUAGUCUCCACAGGGAACAACUUUGUCUGUCUGAAGUCAGCUCAUGAAAGUUCUACUUGAUCCAUUUGUGCAAACAUCUGCUGUUCCCUACCUUCAGGGUCACACGAGGCAGAUGAGUGAAGUCAUCUGAUGCUUGUCUUUCUCCAUCCUGCUCAUUUCACUGAGCAUAAUACCCUCUAGCUCCAUCCGUGUUGUCGCAAACGAACACCAACCCGCCAAGA